UUGAAGUUUCUAAGAAAAAGAGGGUCAAUAUCUUAAAAUUUUUCCUUUAAGUACCCUUCCCUCAUAUUACAUUGCACUCUCCAUGCCUGUCUGCCUAUAUCCUCAGUUCUAUUCCACAAGAGAAAAAAAAAAAAUGGGAAACUGUUUGAUUCUUGAGAAGAAGGAGAUCAAGAUUAUGAGCAAAGAUGGGAAGAUCCUGAGUUAUCAACCACCAUUAAAAGUUCAGCAAGUGCUCUUAGAUUUCCCUGGAUAUGCAAUCUCCUCCAGUGCAUUCCCUGUCAUUUGCCAUCUUGAUCAAGAGACAUACUUGUCAGCAGGACAACUCUACUAUCUCAUUCCACCUGAGACAAAACCAUUAGCUCAAACAGGACAUGCAGAUGAUGUGCUUAGAAUUAAGUUGGUCUUGAGCAAACAGGAGUUGAAAGAGUUGAUAAAGAAUGGAGGAAUAGUCUCACUUGAUGACAUGAUGUCUCAGCUUCAGAGAAUAACAAAAAGAAGAGAUGGUAUUGAGAAAGAGAGAUGCAUGAGUUGGAAGCCAACUUUAGAAAGCAUUCCUGAAGAAAAUCAUGAUUUUUUCUGAGAUAAAAAGUUGGCAGAGUUUUUA